AUGAAGUACCGCCGCUUUGAUUAUGCUCCCCUAAUAAGAUUGAAGUCAAAGGAACUCGACGUGCUCCCGGAGCUGUGUGGAGUUGUAGCCAUAGAAGUCCAAGUCAAUCCCGAAGCUUUCUCUACGGCCUCGAAAGAAGAUCGACUUCCCUGGAAAUGUGUCUUCGAUGCAGAGGACCUCGACCAGCUGGAGAUCUCGAAGCGAGUAUGGAGAGACUGCAAAUACCUACGCAGGAUCUCCAUAACAGACGGCGGUUGCCAUCAAGCAGAUACCGAUGGUGAGAAGACCACCUGGCGCAACAAUCUGAGUAUGUUGGAGAACGUCUUGCAAUUGCGAAUCGAUCUUCGAAACCACUUGCCCCAUCAAGUGCCCCAGUUCGACAAUCCGGAACCUUCGACACCGCUAUGCAGCAAAAUGCACUCCACAGCCAGGCACGACUCUUUCCAGUUUACCGCACCUCCAUUGAUGAAGCACUUCCACUGCAAGGCGGAGGCCAAAAUCAUCAGCCUGCAUAGGACAGAGGCCUGCGAAGCUUUUUGA